CUCCAAAGCAUCCCUCUCUUCCAUCGCGCACACAGAGAACCACCACCGGGAUGCCCCAACGGUUUUACUUUGUCGCCCACGGCGGCGUCGUGCAGGGCGUUGGCUUCCGGUACUUUACCAGAGAAAAGGCUCGCGAAUAUGGCGUGACGGGCUGGUGCAGGAACACAAGCGACAACAAGGUCGAAGGGGAGGUCCAGGGCGAGGACGAGGCGCUGCAAAAGUUCUUCAAGGAUAUCGAUGACGGGCCGCGACACGCGCACGUCGUGCAGGUCACCAGGGAGGAUCGCGAGGCGGUGGAUGGCGAGCAGAGCUUCUCUGUCCGCCGUUGACGAGUAAACUCGGUAACUUGACGUGUGUCCCUUCUUGACCGUACGUACUCUGUUUCGAUGCCCAAGUGCUGGUUGACGCCGUCGCCCAAGUCAAUCGCUGCGACGCCAGUGUCGCCAAGUACAUAUAAUAUGCCCCCUGCAAGUAAAUACAACCCCGG